AUGACACACUCUUCUUUAUUGCAAAGCCAGUCAUCACCGCUUGCCAUUGUAUAUCCAGAAUCGUUGGGCAGCUCUUCAUUAAGCCCAACCAGACUUUCUCAAUCAAGUGAGAGAACAGUUGUUGACAGAAACGAUACACUUCAAGAUAGCUGCAAUUCGAAUACAACAAGUGAGGAUGGCAACCAAGAGUGUGCGUUACAAAGAUCCUUGAAUAAUCAUAAUGAUCCAAAUAGUAAGUCGGAGCCGAUUUCGCUCCCAGUUUUCCGGGUUAUGGUUCUUGCAAGUGCCCUGUUUUGUAAUACGUUUAUGGCAAGCAUGCUACUGCCAUUUCUGUCAUUUAUGGUUAGUGAUUUUGGAAUUGCACCAACACCCAAAGAUAUUGGUAAAUACAGUGGAUAUCUAGUGUCUUCAUAUAUGGUUGGUCAGUUUCUAUUCAGCUAUCGAUGGGGAUACAUGUCUGACGUGUAUGGUCGCAGACCAAUCUUGAUUAUAGGAUUGCUUCUCACUGGUACAUCCUUUCUCAUAUUUGGGUUUUCAAAAACGUACACCAUGGCACUUGCAAGUCGGUUUGCCAAUGGACUUGUUAAUGGCAUUAUGGGUGUAUGCAUGACCUACAUGAGUGAAAUUACAAAUGAAACGAACCAAGGCAGUGGAUUUGCAAUCUUGGGAACUGCUCGUGCCUCUGGAAUUGUUCUUGGUCCAAUUGUAGGUGGAUUUUUGUCAGCACCAUCAACAAAGUAUCCCAAAUGGUUUCCAAAAAAAAGUCUUUUUGAUAUAUAUCCAUAUAGUUUACCAUGCAUGAUUGGAUUUUCAGUGGCCACGACAGGCGGUAUACUUGCGAUUGCUGUUCUCAAAGAAACCAAGAUUUUAGCAUCACAUACGGAUUUACCUACUCAUAGUACUGCUUUUCCCGUUCAGGAUCAAGAUGAGUGCAUAUCGGCUGAAACAGAGCAGUCAACUGAGCGCUCACCAUUGUUGUCAGCAUCUGCACCUUUAAAUCCAACCCGAAUACAGCAUACACAACCCGAGCCUAUUUUACAGCUUCUUCGUAGCCUACCAGUCUUUUUAACGAUAUCCCUUUAUACCAAUCUCAACUCUACCUACAUCCAAUAUGAUGAGCUUUUUUCAAUUUGGUCUCGUCUACCACCAUCUCAAGGAGGGCUUGGGUUUACGUCAUCCGAUCAAGGCACCGGAUUUGCAAUUGGCGGAGCUUGUCUUUUUAUCUACCAAAUCUUCAUCUACUCACAUGUAGAGCGCCAUUUUGGAACACUUCAAACAUUUCGAAUAGGUGCAUUGAUCUCACUUCCAGGUUUUGCUCUCCUUUCUUUUGCCACAAACUAUAGUCAAACCAACCGAACCUUUAUGUGGUGCAUGGUUGCAGUGGCUCAAAUUACACGUACAGUGGGUGGACUUCAAGCCUUUACAUCUAUGUUUGUCAUGAUCUCCAACUCCGUUUUGCCUAGAUCUCGUGGGUCAGUCAAUGGGUUUGCUCAGACUUUUGGAGCUUUUGGAAAAAUGAUUGGCCCCAUCAUUGCUGGCAACGGAUUUUCAUGGUCGUUGCAAAAUUCAUUGGGUCCACCGUUUGACUACCGGUUCAUGUUUUUAAUGUUGAUUUUUCAGCAAAUAGUUACGCUUUUAUUGAGUCUUGGAUUAGAUAAAAGUAUCAAUCAUCGACUAAGUGAAGAACAAGAUAUAAUGGAAUAA